AUGGCCGAAUUCAAACCAGAUGAGUUAGCUUGCGUCUACGCCGCUAUUUUGCUCCACGACGAUGGUAUCGCCAUCACCGCUGAAAAGCUCAAGACUGUCCUCGACGCUGCCAACGUUGACUACGCCACCCACUGGCCAGUCCUCUUCUCACGUGUUCUCGCCAAGAACAACGUUGAUGACUUGAUUGCCAACUUUGCCGCCGGUGCUGUUGCCGCCGCUGCCCCAGCUGCUGCUGCUGCUGCUGCUCCAGCCGCCGCUGCCGCCGCCAAGCCAGCUGCCAAGAAGGUCGAAGAAAAGAAGGAAGAAUCCGACGACGAUAUGGGUAUGGGUCUCUUCGAUUAA